GAUGGAAAUAUCACGGAAAUUGAUUUCAUGAUUUCCAAAAAAGAAAUCCUAACUUCUCUAAAACGUAUACACAAACCGAUACCCAAUCACAGAAAAAACAGGAAAAGUGAUUGUAUUGCGAGUCUGCGAGGGUUCUAUUCCACCAGAGGGCGCCGUAAUACCGCCCGAACAGCACUGUUCGUUAUUGGUGAGGAGGAUCACUGGAGCAAAGAUGACACCCGAUUAUUGAAAGUGGAAACGGAAAUGGAACGUAUAUCGCUUCUUAUAGUUGGCGUAGGAAUACAAAGCUUUUCCGUCCUGAAUGCCAUCCAGAUGAUCGUCUCAGAUAACCGGAAGUUCUAUGUUUUGCCGUCGUAUUCCGGUCUAAAGCGGCUCUCUGAAGAGCUCACCACAGGCCCGUGUCUACCCAUGUCGUUGGAGACAUCCGGAUCUGUGACUCCACAGCCGGUCACACCUGUACCCCUCCCGACCCUCAGCUUCUACAAGAGAUGUCGUGAGUUGGCGGACGGGCAGAAUUAUAUCAGGGAAAUCCCCUUUCUGGGAUGGCAGCAUCUGACGUGUCCGAAAGGUACCCGGAUUGACACUAGAGACUGCAAAUGUCGGAUACCGACUGGCGAUAGGAUACCGGAAGUGACAUCGAUCGUAACAACUCAAGUGUUGGCUGAAUCAUUAAAAACCCAGGUUUCGGUACCGACUUCACCCAUGCUGACAACACGAACAGCAAACCUCUUCGUAACUACAGUGGAGACAACCACUCUAAAGUCACCUCCAGUUCAGACAACAACACCAAAGUCACUUCCAGUUCAAAUAACCACUCCAAAGUCACCUCCAGUUCAAAUAACCACACAAAAGUCACCUCCAGUUCAGACAACCACUCAAAAGUCACCUCCAGUUCAUACAACCACUCAAAAGUCAACUCCAGGGCUGACAACCACUCAAAAGUCACCUCCAGUUCAGACAACCACUCCAAAGUCACCUCCAGUUCAGACCACUCCAAAGUCACCUCCAGUUCAGACAACCACUCCAAAGUCACCUCCAGUUCAGACAACCACUCCAAAGUCACCUCCAGCUCCGACAACCACUCCAAAGUCAACUCCAGUUCAGACAACCACUCCAAAGUCACCUCCAGUUCAGACAACCACUCCAAAGUCACCUCCAGUUCAGACAACUAUCCCAGCAUCAAUUGUCAAAGAAGUAACGAAAGCACAUCUUCUUUUAACAAAACUAGAAAACAUUGUCACGGUUGACAGGAAUAGUCGGCAAAAAGCACCACAAGCAAUAACGACUGUUAACAUCCAGCCAAUUCUUCACGCAACAACCAAAGCUAAAACCUCGGAAAGGACAACAAAGGUGACGGGACUUCCGGAACCGUCGACAUUUAAUCUAGCUAUCGCUGCGACAUCUACUUCCGAUAAGGUCAUAGACUUAAUAGAUUUAAGCAAAUAUCUUACUAAAGAACCAUCGAUAAUAACAACAAAAUCGCCAUCAAUAGACAGUUCACAUAUUCGAAAUCAACCAGCUAAAACGUUAAAUUUCCACAGCGAGAUACAUAAACUGUCCGCAAGUAGUAAAUGGACGCGAGGAGGGGGGCACAAAACAUGACUAGUGUCCAGCCAAAGUCAACUCCUAAACAAAAUCUGACGCGGAGCAGUCGCAAGAAAGACAACUCUCACCAAAACACGAAAUCUUCGACAAAUGUGCUACCUCAGAAAUGAAAUUUUCUCGGGUAUUAUAAUAUUACAGUGUUGAUUUGUGAAAACAUGCUGUCUUAUUAUGAGACACUGGUGUUGUAUUUUCAUAUCUGUAUCCUUUGUGUUGUCAGCGUCUAAUAAACCUAAUACUGUGGA